UUCGAUGUACACUCCGAGUCAAUGUAAAAUCUUAUUUUUUUAUUAGUCUAAACACAAAAUCUAAAAUGGAAGAUUCAAAAAUGACUAGGCUCUUGAAACUAGCACAAAAAUUUAAUUGUUUUUACCUGUCAGGUUUGGUCAAAGGUGAAUGUCGACCGUUCGUUGUCGAUGGCCAACAAGUGGGACUCAUCCGACCGGAUGUAUUAAAACAGUUGUACAAUUAUCCAGACGUAUUUCGGAUUGACAAAAAUGAAAUGAGAGACAUUGUUGAAUUGAAUCCGGCUUUUCGGGACUAUGCCGAACGAUCGGAAAACGUCGACAAAGUUCUCAGGCAAUUUAAAAAGGAUGCAACGUUUGUUACGUUGAAAGGGUGGCGAGAAGAGUGUUACGAUGUCAAAGCGGGACACAAUAGCCUCUUCAAAAUGGAUCGAUCGGCUACGUGUCUGUUCGGCAUUCGAAACUACGGAGUUGACAUAAACGGUUUCGUUCGUCAUCCAACGAAAGGAUUGUGCAUUUGGUUGCAGCAACGAUCCGACACGAAGCAAACAUGGCCUGGCAAGUGGGACAAUAUGGUGGGCGGCGGUUUAUCGGUUGGUUUCGGUAUUAUGGAAACGGCCGUCAAAGAAGCCGCCGAAGAGGCUUCGAUUCCCGAAAAUUUAGUGAAAAAUCUGGUGUCGGCCGGUUGUGUGUCGUUUCUGUUUGAAAGUGAACGGGGCAUCUUUCCGAACACCGAAUUUGUAUUCGAUUUAGAAUUGCCGCCCGAUUUUGUGCCUACGAAUGCCGAUGGCGAAGUGCAAGCAUUCGAAUUGUUACCGGCUAAUCAAUGUUUGGAGAAGGUAUUUUCGGCUGACUUCAAAACCACCAGCUGUCCGGUGGUUAUAGAUUUUUUGAUACGACAUGGCGUUAUAACUGCUGAAAAUGAAUCGAAUUUCACACAAAUCGUGGAAUUGUUACAUGUUCCUUUGCAAUCACUGUAUUCCUAUCGGACGAAAAUCGAUUGCAGAAAUGUGGAGAAUGGACAUCGCACAGCUUAAAUUAUGAUCUAAUAAGACAACAGAAAUAAUAACUUUAAUACAAACAAAACAAAAAUUUUGAAUUAAUAAGCAACAGCUGAAUAAUAAUUAAAUAAAAGCAAAAAAACAGAAAAAUAAAAUUUACAAAAUUUAAAUUGACUUAAAGAAGAUGAAAUGA